AUGAAUCCCGAGAGGAAGAGCAUCCAUAAUUACAAGUUUGUGGAACCUCCAUUGGCUGUAUUGAGAGGGCUUGGAGCACGUUUAGACCUGACUCACAAAGACGCCUUCAAGGAAACGUAUGGUAACCUGCUGAGUAUUCUGAACACCGAGGUCAACAUCACCGAUGUGCACACCUUGGUGCAGUUCUACAAUCCACCACUAAGGUGCUUCACUUUCCAAGAAUAUCAGCUAGCGCCGACAUUGGAAGAGUAUUCUCAUAUUUUGGGUAUCAGGAUAAAGAACCAAGUGCCCUACAUCCGCACUAAGGAGCUUCCUGAAUAUCGAGAACUUGCUGAAGCUCUGCAUAUAGGAAAGAAGGAGAUAGAAUUAAACCUGAAACCAAAAGGUGGAAUCCAUGGCUUCACCUCUAAGUUUCUCGUGGACAAAGCUAUCACUUUCGCUGAGGCUGGAAGCUGGACGGCCUUUAACGUCCAUCUAGCUUUACUCAUCUAUAGGAUUGUGCUGUUUCUGAAUAUAGAGGAGUUCGUAGACUUGGCUGCUAUUCACAUCUUCUUGACUCAGAACCUGAUUCCCACUCUCCUUGCUGAUACUUACUAUUCCAUUCACGUAAGGACCCAGAAGAAGAAAGGGACUAUCGUUUGUUGCACCCCUUUACUGUAUAGAUGGUUUAUUUCGCAUCUACCCAGUGAAGGUCCCUUCGUUGAGAACAAAGAUAAUCUGAAGUGGUCCCAGAGGAUCAUGUCCUUAAAAGCCGGAGACAUUCCUUGGUAUUCUCGAGUAUAUGAUGGUGUCAAGCUCAUCCUCAGUUGUGGGGAUUUUCCUAAUGUGCCUCUUCUUGGAGUCGAAGAGCCAGAGUUGGUCAAGAAGAUUGUCAAGGCUUGGGGGUUGAUUUAUCCUCAAGGAAGAGCAGAGAUGGGUAAGAAGAAUUGUAUCGCCAAGGAAGCCUACACCAGUUGGGUCAAGAGCAGAGUCAGUGAGGUCUUAUUGCCGUUCCCGCCGGAACCAUCCAUGGACCUCCAAUCUUCUGAGCUAGAGAACCAGCCUAAUUCUGAGAUGGAUGAAUUGAAGAAGGUUAUCAAGACUCUAGAGAAAGAGAAUGUCGAUCUCAAAUCCAAACUUGCUAAAAUCUCAUUGGAGAAAGAGAUCCUGAAAUUCAAUCUGAAUCAGAAGAGGGACCGAGUUCACCAAGCUGAUGAUGAGGUACAGACCGAGGUUUUUAAAAGACUCAAAGUGGGUGACACCCUCAAAGGGACUUAUGCCAGUCUGAUGACCAAAAAUAAGCAGUUAGCCGAAGCCCAAUACCGAGCUGGUAAAGCAGAACUAGAACACAUGGAGCAAAUGAAGAAACUUCAAAGCCUUCUAGAAGCUUGUAAGAAGGAAUUAAAGGAUGAAAGAAGCUGCAACAAACAACUAGAAGUCACCCUUCGCCAGAACCAGUACGAGUUGAAUCAGAAGCUAGAAGAGAUCCAAAAGUUGAAGGAGCAGUCACAUGGGAACCCAAACAACAGCAACAUACAGUUGAAUGAGCGUCCUGAAAACCCCUCCGGCCGAGGGAAGAUAGUUGUGAACAAUUCCCCAUCCGAAGGAAGUGUGAUGUUGGGAAAAUGGAUCGCCUGCUUGUCUCCCAAAUCACAUGCUUACUACGAGGAGUUGUUGUCUAAUUAUUUCUAG